AUGUCUUACAUAAAAGUUCCACAUGAUCAAAAACCACCAACCAAAUCUAAUGCAUCUUCCAUUAAUCAACAUCAUAAUAUCCAACCCAUUUAUCACCAAUCAAUAUCACAACUUCUCGAAUCUUCAAGGAAAACUCAUUAUGAAGAGAAGAAACCUACAAUAUUGUCCCUUAACGCAACAUGUGAAUUAUCUUGGUCGCAUUUGGUGCACGGCGAGAUCAUUGCAGUUACAAGUGCAAUGAGAAAGAAUUCAAGGUGGUCUGGUAUGAGCGUUAGUAGCUUGAAUAUGGGUGGGUUGGGUAUAAGUAUGGGUUUAAGAGGUGGUAGAAGUUCAAUUAAUGAAAAUGAUUAUAGAAAUCAGUUAAAUGAAACCCCGUUAAUGAGUGGAUUUACCUCACUUAGAGUACAACUCUUCAACAUGUCUGAGGAGACAGGGAUUGAUGCGGUGACUUUGCUGGAUCCUUUUCUAGAUGUGAUUAAAUCGGGAGAUACCAAUGGACCAAUAACAGCAGCUGCAUUAGGAAGUGUGGAAAAAUUUUUGACUUAUGGCAUAUUAAAUAUGAAUUCGACAAAUUUACCAGUAGCAAUGUCGAUGCUUUCAUCAGCUGCUACACAUUGCAAAUUUGAAGCAAGCGAUUCUGUAUCCGAUGAAUUUGUGUUAUUAAAAAUUUUACAAGUUUUGAGGUUGACAUUGACUUGUGAAGUUGGUAAAGUUCUUAGCGAUGAAGCUCUUUGUGAGAUGAUGGAAACUGGCCUGAGCAUGUGUUGUCAAAUGAGAUUGAGUGAAAUGUUGCGCAGAUCAGCUGAACACACAAUGGUCGUUAUGGUGCAAACUAUGUUUGAGAGACUUAAAUCACUAGAGAUAGAACAUGCAAAAGGUUAUUUGCAGGAAGAGGGAGAUGGAGAAAACGGUAAUUUACUGGAUAAUACACAAGUGCGCAUGGCUACACCCGAUCCAAAAUCUCCUCGUCUUCCCCUUUCUUCAGAAUAUGAUGUCACUGAAAUACCAAAUCAUCAUUUAGCUAGUGCAAUUACAUUAUCGCCUUCCGUGAAACAUGAUGAAAAGGAUUUUGAUACAUUGGAUGAUGGACAGGACGAAUUGGUUGAACUAGAUGAAAAAGGUGAAGAAGUUAUUAAUAAUAAUAAUUUGAUCCAGGAUAAAGAAAAAGCCCAAGAGCAAGAAAAUGAGAAUUCGAAUGAAGAUGAAAAAGACACAGAUCCAAAACCAUUCGGAUUACCUUCAAUAAGAGAAUUACUGAGAGUCCUUAUCUCCUUGCUUAAUCCACAUGAUCAUCAACAUACUGAUACGAUGCGACUUAUGGCUCUUAGUAUAUUAAAUGUUGCGUUUGAAGUUGGCGGUCGCACCAUAGGACGAUUUGAAACUUUACGUCAUCUUGCCGUUGAUGAAUUGUGCAGGUUUCUAUUCCAGCUUGCACGAACUGAUAAUAUGACAUUAUUAUCACUUGCACUCCGUGUCAUAUCAACUGUAUUUGGAACUCUCCGUCCAUAUCUAAAAUUACAACAAGAACUAUAUUUGUCAUUCUUAAUUGAAAGAUUAACACCACCUGCAAGUAAUUUAAGGUCACUUGGAAAUAGUAGCGGAGAUUCGCCACAUCUAUCAGGCUCUUCAACACCUAGUAUAGUUCGUGAACGUAAUUUACGUGCAACGGGUGAAACCUCUGUUGCCACAGGUGAAAUAAGGGAACUUUUAUUGGAAUCUUUAGGUCAAUUUGCAAGAGAUCCAUCAUUUAUGGUUGAUUUAUGGGUUAAUUAUGACUGUAAUAUUGACUGUGGAGACCUUUUUGAAGAUAUUAUCAAAUUUUUGAGUAAGAAUUCAUUUCCCGAUUCUACCGGAUAUUCUAUAAGCAAUUCUCAUGUUGUUUGUUUGGAUUCUCUUUUGAUGUAUAUAAAUCAUAUGGUUGAUAGAUUACAGACCGAGAAGAAUAAAUUAUAUACAUAUGGAUUAGAAUGGGAUCAAAUGACGGCGGCAGAUUACAAUUCUGGAUUAAGACCUACGUAUCCAUCCGCAGAAGAACUUUUGCAAAGAAAACAAAAAAAACAAAUAUUAAGAGAAGGAGCCGCAAAAUUUAAUGAAAAUCCAAAAUCUGGUCUUGGGUUUCUUGAAGCAAAUGGUCUAAUAUAUAAUGAUCCUUCUAUUGACAAGAAUACAAGUCUUGCCUUAUUUUUGAAAUCUACACCUAGAUUGAAUAAACAAUUGUUAGGUGAUUAUUUGUCAAAGCCUGCAAAUAUAGAUAUAUUGAAAGCUUUUGUUAGAUUAUUUAAUUUUGAAGGAAAAAGAGUUGAUGAGGCAUUAAGAGAAAUGUUGGAGGCUUUUAGAUUACCCGGAGAAGCGCAACAGAUCGAAAGGAUCAUGGAAACGUUCUCAGUAACAUAUUUUGAAUCUGGGUCAAAAACUCAAACAGCCACCUUUGUUUUGGCAUACUCUAUUAUUAUGUUAAAUACUGAUUUGCAUAAUCCUCAAGUUCGCCGUCGAAUGACGAUUGAGGACUAUAUGAAAAAUUUACGAAAAGUUAAUAACGAUAAAGACUUUGCUCCUGAAUAUUUGCAUGCUAUUUAUGAUGCAAUUAAGAAAAAAGAAAUUAUUAUGCCUGAAGAACAUGAAGGACAGCUUGGGUUUAACUAUGCUUGGAAAGAACUUUUAAGGAGAGCCGAAAGCGCGGGACCGUUGAUAAUAUGCGAUGUAUCCUUGUAUGAUAAAGAUAUGUUUACCACAGCAUGGAAACCUACAGUUGCAGCUAUUUCGUAUGCAUUUAGUACAGCUCCAGAUGAUACAACAUUGCAAAAAGCAAUAACAGGAUUUCAUCAAUGUGCAUUAUUGUCGGCAACAUAUAAAUUAUAUGACGUAUUUGAUUAUAUUAUAAUGUCAUUAGCUAAAAUGACCGGGUUAUUAGGACCAAAAUACAGUAAUGAAACAGCUAAUAAUCCAACCGUUACAAUACAAAAUAUCGAAUUAACUGUUAGUGAUUUAGCAAUUCAAUUCGGUAGAAAUUAUAGGGGAAAAAUAGCAGCUGUUGUAUUGUUCGCUGUUGCUAAUGAACAUGGGAAUAUUUUAAGAGACGGAUGGAAAUAUUUAUUAGAAAUUAUAAAGAAUUUAUUUGUGAAUUCUUUAUUACCAAGUAGUAUGUUAAAAGUUGAAGAUUUCUUGGCGGGUACAACAACAAUACCAUUAAAACCAAAAACUGCAUCAGUAAGACAAGAACGAAGAAAUGAUGGAUCAUUAUUAUCGGCAUUAUCAUCAUAUUUAUUAUCACCUUAUGCCGGUAAUUAUGAAUCUUCUAGAAGUGAUCCAACGGAGGAAGAAAUCGACAAUAGCAUGUGUACUGCUGACUGUGUUAAAGUUUGUAGAUUAGAAGAACUUUUUGCUGAUAUAAGAUUGUUGGAACAAGAAUCACUUGUACACUUAAUGAAAGCACUAAAGUUUAUUGCAGAUGGAAAUACCGCGACUAAAGUUGGAGAUACUAAAUUAUCGUAUCAAUAUUCCCCGUCACCAAUUUUAGGUGCAAGCAAUGGUACUAUAACCAAUCAAAAUAAUUUGCCACAUGGUAGUUACGAUCCUGCCUCUGUAUUUUUCCUGGAAUUGAUGAUUAAUGUAACAUUGCAGAAUCGUGACAGAAUUCAUUAUUUAUGGCCUAUUUUAUUUGAACAUAUUACUGGAAUUUUGAGAGAAUCUCAAAAUAAUAGCAUUUUGUUGGUUGAAAGGACCGUUGUGGCGUUAUUGAGAUUAUGUAUCAGAUUAACUCACAAAGACGAAAUGGUGAAUGAUAUAUUACAAGCAUUAGAAUUGUUAGGAGCGUUGCCUGAAGAUGUGAUAAAUUCAGUUGGAGAGCAAAUGAUGGCUGGUAUACUAAAUUUAAUAAAAUCAGAUGUCUCAUACAUUAGAGGGAAGAAACCAUGGGCGAACGUAUUUAUUUUAUUUAAAGCAACAGUAACACACCCACAGGCGUCAAAAUAUUCAUUUGAAGCGAUAGCAACAAUAAUUAAAGAAAAUAAGUGUAUUAACAGGGACAACUUUAAUGAAUGUGUUGAAUUAUUAACAGAGUUUGCUUCGGGUGCUACUACAUUAAUGGAACAAGAAUGUUCCGAACCUCCAUCUCAAACUCGGAAUUCUAGAGCUAGAAUAAGUAAUAUUCAAGAUGCUAUUGUAAAAAGAGCACGUAAAUCUGUUGAAUUAUUACAUCAGUUGUAUAAAGAGAUCCCUAGAUUAUUAAGGGAAUCCGACAUUUCACCAAAAGAAGCAUUGACAUCAUAUUGGCUACCAAUAUUAACAGGAUUAAGUCAACAAUGUUAUAGUCCAUAUAGAGAAGUAAGGCAAUAUGCAUUAUCAUAUUUACAAAGAUCAUUAUUGGAUCCAGAAUUAGUAUCACAUGGAGUAACGGAAUGGAUAUUGAUAUUUGAUGUAGUAUUAUUUCCACUACUCGAUCAAUUACUUAAACCUGAUAUAUGUAGAGGAUUUGAUAGUAUUGGUAUGGAUGAAAUUCGAAUGAGAGCUUCAGGGUUAUUAUGUAAAAUAUUUUUACAUUAUUUAAAUAGAUUAAUAGAAUGGGGUGGUUUAAUCAGUUUAUGGAGACAGAUUUUGGAUGUUAUGGAAAGAUAUAUGACUACCGGCGAUAAUGAUUCUUUGAGGGAAGCUGUACCGGAAUCGUUGAAAAAUAUGUUAUUAGUCAUGUCAACGUCAGGAAUAUUUAAUCGACCAGGAACAGCACCACAAACUACAAACACCAAUUCUAAACCGCCAGUUGAAUUAUGGGACAUCACAUGGGAAAAGCAAACCAUCGCUAAUAAUGUACAAAGUGAACAAGGUGUAGAAAUUACCAAAACAAUGUCAGAAAAUAACAACAAUCAAAUUAUUAAAGAAACUAGUAAUAAACACAAUGAAAGUAAGGAUGAUGUGAAUAAUGAACCGAUAAAUAUUAUUACUGUGUAA